CCCUCAAAACCAUUUUUCCAAAAGCAUCUAAAAGAGAAAUUAAAAAGUAUAGAGAAUUGUUUUCGGAUGUCAAAAAUCCAGUAUUAAUUAUUGUUCCAAAUAGGCAAUGGAUUAAUCAACAUGGCCAAAAUGCAUAUAAUAAUAUUAUGAAUUCUUUCGCAACCGUAAAUCUUCUCCCAAAUCGACAAAGGGAUAAAAAUUCAUUAUAUAUUUUUCAUUUUGAAGAUUCAGGAGAACUUUUUAAUGCACGUGAAGCUGUCAGACCUCAAUACCCAAAUGUUUUUUUCAUUCAACCUUCUCUUCAAGCCCUCAUUCCAAGUGGUCAGUUUGAACCAGUUG